AAUCAACUUGAAGUCUUCUCUAAGGCAAUCAUCAUGUCAGACCCUGUCUCUUCCAAGUCUGCCUUCUUAUGCAUGUAUAUGAAGAACCAUCCUGAUACACUGGUUGCAUAUGUCAAAUAUUUCGGGAAAGUUGAGGGUAACGUGCUUACCGCUGAGAUGUCUAGCAUUGAUUCCAAGGGCAUGACGCUUGUGUAUAAACUCAAGUCCGGACAAUCGAAUACGAUUCGAGUGUCAUUCGAUCCGCCACUUUCAGGGUACGAAGAAGUUAAACCCCGCCUUCUGAGUAUGAAGGCAGAGGCGCAGGAAGGUCUUGGUAUGCUCAAAGCUCCUCAAUUGACCACAUUCCGGCUUCCUGGCGCAACUGCCAUCGCAGGCGCAGUGCUCACUUUGUCAGUGUACUUUUAUUUCAUUUCACCACCAUCCCUUGGCACGACAGUCCUCUCCAUCCCUGUCUCCACUAUGGACACGUUCUUCUCCCCAGCGCACGCGUUCAGAAAUGCCACCGGUCUUGGUCUUUCCUUCCGAACUGCUGGUGCAAUUAUCGGUGCCAUUCAUGCAGUUGAAUCAUUAUAUACCUGGUCACUUUGUAGACAAUACGUGAAGGGCACUGUAGCGACGGCUGCUUAUAUUGGCGGUACGAUGAUGGUCGGCGCCCCGGUGUGGUCAGACAUCAAAAGACGAGUUCAAGAGAAACGCAUUGAAAGCGUUAUGAAGGUUGAAUAAUUGACUUUCUGCGCGCGUACUUUCCCGGUUCCGGGGAGAAUGUACAUGGUGGUUCAUGUUGUUCUUGUAUUGGUAUGAUGAUAUCGAUAUACUUCACAAUUUAUGUUUUGAACCAUAGCGUUCAACUUUGUUAUACAGUUGCGACAAUCUGAAUCUUUGUUUCCGGGGAGGAUGAAAGUGAUAGGUGGGACACCGAUCAUGAAGGAAGGGCAAGAGAAGCGCGGUGCAAUGGCUAGGAGACUAGUCCAAGAAUCACACUUAUAUGACAGCUAUACAUUUGCAAAGGUGAGCUGUUUAUUGAAUUGUGAAAGACCUGUCCUUCGUCAUGGCCUUCGCUUGGUAUUCGGAAGCAUUAAUGACACGUAUGCCACAAAAAGAGGGAUGCAUACAGCAACGCGCGCGACGGGUCACGGCAGGUCGCUUUUAGGUUCAAUUACAAAGACAUUCCCACGGGUAGUAUGUCUUUUGUUGAACCCACACUCAGUACUCAAGC